AUGCAGACCGGACCCCUGAACUGCAGGCUACAUACGGGGGUUCCGGUCCUCCAACGGUUUUUCGCCGGCGACGACACCAGGGAGGACUUCAGGCUGAGCAGAGAGUCCCUGGCAGUGCUGCUGGACCUCCUCCAUCAGGACCGGAGGCAUGGAUGGGGCGCCACAAUAGAGACUUUGGUUCUCCUCUUUUUGCUGGCCAGUGGGACAUCAUAUCGGGUGGUCUCAAGGGUGUUUGUGAUGCCCCGCUCCACUGUCCACCGCAUCGUCCACCGAGUUACGGAGGAGGUAGUGGCCAUUCGCCACAGAGUCAUCUACCUCCCGAGGUCCGCUGACGACCUGGCGGCCGUAACUCGGGGGUUUGCAGGGCUGGCUAGGCACCGCGCUUUUCUCAAAGCUGCCGGUGCAAUCGACGGCUGCCAUGUCAGAAUUAUGCCACCAAGCGGUCCUGAUGGUCACUGCUACAUCAACAGAAAACUGUUUGCAUCAAUCAUCAUGCAAGCAGUCUGUGACCAUCAGGGCCGCUUUAUUGACACCUACGUGGGCUGGCCGGGGUCUGUGCAUGACGCAAGGAUACUCCGGCACAGCCCACUGUACAGGCAGAACAUCUACCCUCCUCCAGGGCCUUUCAUUCUGGCAGACAGCGGGUACCCGUGCCUCCAGCACCCACUCCCCCUCAUCACUCCCUACAGGCUGCAGGUGCGAGGUGUGGCGGCCCAGCGCUUUAACGGGCAUCAUGCCAGGGCACGCUCUAUAAUUGAGCGUGCCUUUGGCAUGAUGAAGACCCGAUUUCGUGCCAUCUUUUUCAAAGCGCUGGAGAUCCGCCACACCUUCGUGCCACAGGUACGUCAUCCCUGCACACAAUAUUUUUGUUAUACUUGAAUAUAUAUUAAUUAAUUAAUUAAAUAAAAACACGAAAACUUAUUAUAUAUUAUUAUACUUAUAUUGUUAUAUUUUUUUUAUUUAUUAAAGGUCUAUAUACUUUAUGUUCAUAUAAAUAUUCCUCUAAAAUUCAGGUCAUCACCGCUUGUGCCGUCCUGCACAAUAUCUGCCUGGGUGCCGGUGACACCUUGGCACCAGAGGAAGAUGUGCAGGACGGCAUGCCGGGGGAUGAGGUGGAGGACAGGCUGGAGGCAGUCAGUGGUGCCCGCUGGCGGGACAGAUUGUCCGCAGAGGUGUCGGCCCUGGAGGAGGUAGACCACGACCACGUCUACCUGUAAUCGGCAAGUACAAUUCAUCUAAAGUUUCUCCUCUGUGUGCCACAGAAUGUUUGUUGGUUACUGAUCAGAUUUUUAGACCUCAGAAGAUGCGACUUAAAAAUUGUUGGACUCUGUUAGCCUACUAUUGUUUCUCUCUUUAAAACAGGCAUGGCAGCCGUCGAACCAGCCCUGCAAAUCCGGACGAUGUGGAGGACAGUGGAGACAUGCAUCCAAAACACCCAGACCACCCACAUGAUGUCCCACUGCCAGCAGACACCAGAGUCUCUAUUGUGGUGUCCCAUCCAGCCCAGCAGCACUGCCAGAGACUCCUGCUCAGCCUGGAGGAGGCACCAUGGGAGGGCAGGCAAUAG